AUGCCAAAACAAUCAACACAUGCAGAGUUAAAGGUCCAAAAAAAUGUAUUCGAUAAGAUGAAAGAAAGACUAGAGAAUAAUAUAGAAAUCUUCUUUGUAAAAUCCGAUCCACUGACAUCAGAACAAAUGGUUGAUCUCCUUGAGCCGAAGACACUUUUAUCCUCGGAUCAUAUCAACGCGUAUUUUUCGAUGCUUAAUUCACAGCAACGUCGUGAUGAUCAUAUUUACGGUCUUUCAACGUAUUUCUACACAAGAUUAGUUUCGUCUGAUAACAACUAUGAAUAUGAAGCUGUGGCUCGAUGGACAAAAAAUACGCGAAUAUUUAAAAAGAAAAUGGUUUUUGUUCCAAUAAAUCUGGAUCAAGUUCAUUGGAUAUUAGCAGUGAUUCGGAUUGGAACACGUGAGAUUCAAAUAUGGGAUUCAUUAGGUCACUCGCAUCAUAAAGACUCAGUUGGAACUUGGCUCAAUAAAUAUCUAAAAGAUGAAUAUGAUCAUAAAGAGAACAAUGUUAAUAACCAUAAUUUAAAGGAUGAAGAUACGAAAGAUAAAAAUGAAAAUUCAAUUCGCACAAUUGGAGCACAAGGGGAAAAUAUCAUUGAAUGGAAGGAUUUUGAAGUAGUCGAUAAGUGGGUGCAAGAACGUGGACCACAGACUGAUGGAGCUUCAUGUGGAGUAUUUGUUUGUCUAAUCGCUAAAUUACUUACAGACGGAAAGACUGAAGAACAAAUCAAAGAAAUAAUAUUUGAAAAAGAUGCCGCUUACAAUUAUCGUAAAGUAAUGACAUUGGAAAUCUGUAAUUAUGCAAUUGAUAAUAAUACUGUCACCUCGACUGAGUAG